UUCCAUCGGCAGAUACCAAAGCUUGCAAAAUAAAAGGAGGAAAGAUAUUCCAGUCGCGGGCCAGGUCAGAUCUGCCGUGGGCUUUAGCAACCCAAUCUGCUACUCCACUUGCCUCCCUUCUACAAUGCCGCAGCUGCAAAUUAGGGUAAAGGGAUAGCAAAGCUUCAAUUUCAGGGAACAUCGCACGUUCUUCCCACGGUGGCUUCUGUCUCGCAUGAACUGUGUCGAUCAAGAGCAAGCAAUCAGACUCAAUCACCAGAUUUUCCUUAUUGAGGCCUUGGUGCAGCAGGUGAUGAAGAGUAAAGGAAUCCGCGAUCCGGGGGUUUCCACAAGGUUGCUGUUUUGGGAGCAGAGUCCCCUGUUCGCGAGUCCCCUGUUCGCUGUUGGCUCUUAGUAGAAAUGUGCUGAAUCCUUGUUUGUGCCAAGGCGUCCGCAACUGCUCGGUUUGGAUCGGGGCGCUGUCGGCGAAAUAUGCUGUUGUUGCGCAGACACCGGAUCUGCCAUAAGACUUGUGCAAUUGUCUCCAGUCCAGGUAAAAGUCUGUGAUUUGUUGCUCUUUCUGUGAUCCACGCAUCCAGACGAUGCACAGUAUGAGGCGAUACAGAAAUGUUGAGCUGAGGAUGACUCCAUACUCCUUUAGUCCACGAACAGAAGAAGAAUAGGUGUUCUAUGGUUUCUGGAGAAGAAUAGCUCACCAAGAUUAGCUUCAGGAUAGAGAAGUCGCCAAUCCGUUUACUUUGAACGGCGGAUAGUCAUCUCUUUCUUUCUCCAUUCGUUACUAUUCGAUGCUCCCCUUCCUUCGUCCUUUUCUUUGCACUCAAAUCACUUUGCCUUGUUCAUCUCUCGCUCUGUUUCGCUCUUUCUUCUCCUCCUCUUCAGUAUCUGCUGCUCUUUUUUUCAUCUCUCUCUCUCUCUCUCUCUCUCUCUCGGCAUAAGAAAACAACGAAAAAUGUCGGCCGAUUCUGUCGCUUCUAUUGUAUGGGAUGUCAUGAAGAGCUGUGUGGUUGUUCCCAUCAAGCGUGGAUUUAGAUACGUGAUCUCCAGCAAGAGCUUCGCCGAUGGCCUUCGGGAGGAAGUCCGGAAUCUAGAGAAUGAGGCUCAGAGAGUCCGCAUUUUGGCAGAAGUGGCCAGGAGCAAUCUUCGGAAUUUCUAUGAUUGCUUCACGGAGUGGCAGCAAAGUGCUGACAAGGCCUUGGAGGAGGCGCGAGACCUGUUGGGUGACAUCGACAAGGCGAACAAAAUGUGCUGGCACGGGACUCUUCCUGACCCCAAAUUUCGCUAUCACUUUAGUAGAAAGGCCGAGCACAAGAUCGAUAUCAUCAAGCAACUUGCACAAAAAUGCAGCGGAUUCAAGGAAUUGAACGACAUCUGCUUCAGUGCUCCCGCUUUGGGGAAUGUUGCUGCUCCGACUCCGGCGAGGAUAGAGGGCAAAGAUGUCGUCCAGUCGAACACCACAACAGCUUCCGCUUCUCCUGCCUUGUCAUCGAUUAAGUUUAGGGACAAUGACAUCUUCGAAUCCAGAGCUUUAAUCAUGCGGGACAUCAUGGACGCUCUUGCUGAUAACAACAAUAGCGUGGUCGGGAUUUAUGGGAUGGGCGGGGUCGGCAAGUCCACGCUUUUGAUGGAUGUUGAAAGAAGAAUAAGGGAAGAAAAGUUGUUUGAUUGGGUUGCUAAGGCCGACGUGUCAGAAAAUCCUGACAUCAAGAAAAUUCAAGGAGACAUUGCGGAUGCAUUGGGCCUUAGUGACAUAAAGAACAAAGAGUAUGUCAGUGGGCGAGCAGAACUUCUGCACAGGAGGUUGGAAGAUGAGGAGAGGCAGCAAAAGAAGGUCCUCAUAAUACUGGACAACCUAUGGGAGGACCUCAACUUGAAAUCAGUUGGCAUUCCUUGUGGACUUGACAACAAAGUCAGAGGAUGCAAGUUGUUGUUGACGUCCAGAGAUCGUCAUGUUUUGCGAAGGGAAAUGCGCUGCAAUAAGGCCUUCCUCCUUGAUGUGUUGAAGGAGGAAGAGGCAAAAAGAUUGUUUGAGACGAUGGUGGGAGGCAAAGUUCACGUAGAGUUCGAACCGCUGGCGGAUGAAGCACUCCGCAUAAGUGCAGGUUUGCCUUUCCUAAUUUGCGCAAUGGCGAAACUUUUUAUAGAUGCUAGUUUAUCUGAAUUGAGUGAUGCUUUAAAUCAAAUUGAGCUGUCUACAGACGAAGGAAUAAGUGCAGUGAUAAAUAAGGUGUUGCAAUUGAGUUAUGAUCAUUUGAAAAGCGAGGAGGCAAAAAGUCUGUUACAACUCUGUGCUGCUUAUGGCAUCUCUGAACCCUCCGUUGAAAACUUGGUGAGGUACAGCUUUGGCUGGGGGAUAUUUCAAAAAGAUAGCAGCAUGAAAAAUGCUAGAGAUAGGUUGUUCACACUCAUCCGCACUCUUCAAGCCUCCUCCCUUUUGCUAGACAAUGGAGGCGGAGAUGGUUUCAAGAUACAUGACUUGGUUCGUGACUUUGUUGCCCGGUUCAUUUUAAGAGAUCACCCUCUUCUCUUGUUGAAAGAUAAAGAUAUGUUGGCACGAUUGCAGAAGGAAAAGCUCAAAAGUUGUACGGCAAUAUGCUUUCCCUAUAUUAACAUGAAGGAGCUUCCUGAAGAAUUAGAUUGUCCUGAAUUGCACAUCUUUUUGCUUUUCAGCAAUAAUGAAUCUCUAGAAGUUCCAAAUUCAUAUUUCAAUUCCAUGAGGAAACUUGCGGUCUUAAAUCUUACUGGUAUACGUCUCACUAGUUCGCCGAUGCCAUUUCAGUUCUCCGAGAACUUACAUACUCUGUGUCUUCAGCGUUGUCUCCUAGAGGAUGUGGCCAUUCUUGGCAAGCUAAAAGGGUUACAAAUUCUCAGCUUUGUGGACUCUGAAAUUCAGCGAUUGCCAAAAGAAAUUGGGCAACUGGUAGAGCUGAGGUUGUUGGACUUGAGACGUUGUUCACAACUUGAGAUAAUUGAACCGGGUGUACUUCAAAGCUUGAUCAAAUUGGAGGAGUUGUACAUGGAGAAUAGCUUUGAUCAAUGGAAUGCUAUGGAGCAAACUCCACCAACUAAUGCGAGUCUAAUUGAGUUGGAUCACAUGAAGAAUCUCUAUACUCUGUAUGUGUCCAUUCCCGACCUGAGUGUACUCCCAGGGGACCUAAAUGUCGAGAAACUAACCAAGUACAUAAUUCAAAUAGGUAAUGCGUGGCGUUGGCUAAGUGAGUGCAAAGGAUCAAGGACACUGGAGCUCAAGUUGGAUCGAUUAAGCGAUGUUCACCGAAAAGGAUGCAUACAAAAUGUCUUAGGGAAAAUUGACGAUCUGCUUUUAAAUGGAUUGGAUGGAAGUGAGCAAAGUGUUUGUGCAUUAUCAGAAAAAGGUUUUAUAGAAUUAAAGCAUCUACAGGUCGAGAAUAGUCCCUCUAUCCAUUACAUCCUCCAACGGCCUUCCCUUAUUGCUUUUGAGAUGUUGGAGUCAUUACUUCUCAAGAAGCUUAUCAACUUGAAGAAGAUAUGCUACAGCCAUAUCUCCUCCUCCAAGUCCUUCAGUACCCUAAAAGUAAUUCGAGUUGAAAGUUGUAACAAGAUAGAAGUUCUAUUUCCACUUUCUUUAUUGAGAGGACUUCCACAGCUAGAAGAGAUUGAAGUUGUAGGUUGCAAGUUAAUGCAAGGCAUUGUAGAAGCUGAUGAUUGUGGCAAAGUGGAGUUGCGUAAUUUGCAUACAUUGAAAUUGCGUGACUUGCCAAAUAUCAAGAAUUUUUUCAGCACUAGAAUAGCUCCUUCGAGUAGCACAUCAAACGACCAAGUUAACACUCAAGUUGCAUUCUUUAAUGGGCAACAGGUAAGCUGAAAGAGCUGAGCUUGUGCAGAGCUCUUGAACCGGCCAGCAAAUUUAAGCCCGAGUAUCCUUUCUUCCGAAGUUGCAGCAAGAUGCUUUGAAAAGGAUCCUCCAACUGUCUUCCUCAGAGCUCAUUGGUUGUUGCAAAAUGUCUACUUGAGCAGAGAGUUACCGGCUCACUCCAAAAAUGCGCAUCAAGAAAAGUCCGCAGACCGUGGCUCUCAUAUUUUAAGACAAAUCAUGGCCGGCGAUGCUCAUCAGCCACGGUUAUCAUGGAAAGUUCUCUGCCAGUUGGACCGCAUUCACAAGAUAAACUUCUCUGAAGGCAGGUGGCAAUGUGUGCUCGAGCUUUAUUAGAAGGGAUGAUGUCAUUUUUGGAUGGUCCUUUAUCAGAACCACUGAGAAGACUUGGGUGAACAAUACUAUGGACACGGCAGAGGAAGCAUUGCUUUUAGCUCAAUUUUGGUGAGAACAGAACUGCAGAAUUGCUAGGCUGAAAUCUGCUUCUGAUUCGGCAAAAUGGAUAAAAGCACAAGUUUCGUUCUAAUGAAUGGAAUGCUCCUGAAUGUACAUGAUACCUUCCUUGAUCCUAGUGUUGGCAGUCACCAUGUGGCCACAGAUCAUGAGACGGAGGAAGCCGAUUACUAAUGUCGAUUUGAUAACUUCCAUUUCUGGAAACAAUCUCUCGAAUUAGUUGCUUCUUUAAGGUUUCCAGUGGCUCAACCCAACCUUUGGAACUGUUGAAGUUGUAGUAGCAUCAAAUACACUUCCCUUAAGCCAUGUACCAACUCUGAAUUUCAAGGCACAACCCAUGGUUUUACAAGCUCAAUGUGGACAUACAUUAGAUUCUAUUCAUCGUCUCUUUUCGAAUUCAUAAAGAUUCUAUGACGAGCCUUUUUUGGCA